UGCCUUUCCAUCCACGUUGGCCAAGCUGGCAUCCAGAUUGGGGACGCUUGCUGGGAACUCUACUGCCUGGAACAUGGAAUCCAGCCGGAUGGUGUCGUUCUCAACAGUAAGAAGGAUCAGUUGGAGAAUGCUGAAAUGGAGCAUACGAACGCGUCUUUCAGUACCUUCUUCAGUGAGACGAGAGCCGGGAAGCACGUGCCCAGAGCCCUCUUCGUGGACCUGGAGCCGAGUGUUAUAGAUGGGAUCCAAGCCGGCCAGCAGCGCUUGCUCUUCCCCCCCGAGCGGCUCGUCAGUGGGAAGGAAGACGCGGCAAACAACUAUGCCCGAGGCCGCUACUCUGUGGGCGCGGGCGUCAUCGACCUUGUGCUGGAGAAAAUCUGAAAGCUGGUGGAGCACUGCGGUGGGCUUCAGGGAUUUUUGAUUUUCCGCAGCCUUGGCGGAGGGACUGGGUCGGGAUUUACGUCUCUCUUAAUGGAGCAGCUCUCGGCAGAAUACAGCAGGAAGACGAACCUGGAGUUCUCGGUCUAUCCAGCCCCCAGGAUCUCCACUGCUGUAGUAGAGCCCUACAACUCCGUCCUCACCACCCACUCCACCAUGGAGCAUUCGAACUGCACCUUCAUGGUGGACAACGAGGCCCUCUAUGACAUCUGCCACCACAAACUUGGUGUCGAGCGCCCCUCUUACGCCAACAUUAAUAGGCUGAUAGGUCAGGCGCUAUCUUCCAUUACUGCCUCCCUCCGGUUUGAAGGGCCCUUGAAUGUGGACCUCAUUGAAUUCCAGACCAACCUAGUACCUUAUCCAAGAAUACAUUUUCCCACGACAACCUUUGCCCCCAUCAUCUCUGCCGCCAGCGCCUACCACGAGGAGCCCUCUGUGUCCGACAUCACCGCGGCUUGCUUUGACUGCUCCAGUCAGCUGGUCAGGUGCGACCCUCGGCUGGGGAAGUACAUGGCCUGCUGCCUACUCUACAGAGGGGACGUGGUCCCGAAAGAUGUGAAUGCGGCCAUUGCAGCCAUGAAGUCAAGGAGCUCCGUGCAGUUUGUAGACUGGAGUCCAACUGGUUUCAAGGUGGGCAUCAACAGCCAGCCACCCACGGUGACGCCAGGAGGGGACCUGGCCAAGGCCCAGAGGGCUGUGUGCAUGCUGAGCAACACCACGGCGGUCGUGGAGGCCUGGGCCCGCCUGGACCACAAGUUCGACCUCAUGUACGCCAAAAGGGCGUUUUUGCAUUGGUACAUCAGAGAAGGCAUGGAGGAAGGCGAGUUCUUGGAGGCCAGGGAAGACUUGGCAGCCCUGGAGAAGGACUACGAAGAAAUGGGGCAAAGUACCUGAUGCAGAUGUGGCUUGGGAGAAGGAAGGCUCAGUUCAGGUGAUACCCUUGCUUUCCAAGACAUUCAUUACCUACGCUUAGCAGGUAGAAGUCCCCUGAUGGGAAGAAAGCAGAAGCCAAAUCAAACAAGACCCUAAGUUCCACACUAAAUCAGAUGGGUCAGAGCUCAUACUUCCUUGUCUGCUAGUACAGUUUAGCACAGCUACCUGUGAACUUUUUAGGUUUGGGGUCCUUUGAGCUUCUGGAUUAUGCAUCUAUGUUUCUUUCUUUCUUUCCUUCUUUUUUGUUUUUCUUCUCGUAAUGGAAACCUAGCUUUAUUCUUGGCUUUUGCAACAGAAGCCCAUGAACCCCUAAAGUCAGUUCUCUUACUUUCCUUUCCCUGAGGUGUUAAACAGCACAUGUUAAUUAUUAAUGUUAUUUCCCCCAUGUCUGUAUUUUGUACAUUGAUUAAAGAAUGAAUAUUUUCAGUA